UGCUAAGUUACAAGUUACAUAUUCAGCGCUGGCCGCAGUCGUGUAUUGCAGCAUCGCCAUGCUGCAGCUGGGUUCUGUGUUGUGUCAAUUGUUCGUUCAAUUACUCGCAUUUGGAUACUUCGUUUCUCAAGGUGACGGCCGAUCGGUUCACGAUGCGAGCAGCGGGAAGGUAGAGGAGCCUGCGGCGGAGGGGACGGGGGCAAAACUGAGGGACACGAUCGCGACGGAGCAGCGCUUCUUCCCGUCCUUCUCACCGAUAUUCUCGUCGCCUCCGCUGGGACACUCCCGCCCGCAGGCCUUCCACCAGGAGCCCACCUUCCGCCAGCCAGAAUACACCCUCCGGGAUCUGCCCUUCGCCUACUCCGCCUCCGCCUCCGCCGCUGAGACCGACAACAAUGUCCUCGGCUCAGGUAACUUCGGGGUGAUCCGAGGCGGGACGUACUACACGGAGGACCGGGACAGGGAGCGCGAGGAAGCGGAGUACUCGGUGGACCAGGAUCUGUUCCCGUUCUACUCGGGCAACAACGGGCACGGGCGCCCCUCGCUCUACUCCUCCAACCCGCCGGCCAACUUCCGCCACGGGCCCCCCAACUCCGGCGCCGACUUCUUCGCCAACUUCCGCGACUUCGCCGACAUCACCGCCCCGACCAAGUCCUCCUACUCCGAGUACUACGUCGUCUACGUCAACCAGAACUCCACCAAGGACGAGAGCAGCCACGCUCCGCUCCUCCCGCCCGGCGCCGCCGUCCCCAAGAACAUCAUCGAGCAGCUCAACACCAUGGACGAAACCCCGACCAAGGUCUCCAAGGUGAAGCAGAAGCUCUUCGCGCACCAGCAGCAGGAGGCCAAGAAGGACCAGGCCAACAAGAGCAAACUCCACAGGCCUCCCAAAGAGACCAACGAGCCUCUCCUGGCGCUCAGCUAAAAUCAGCGCAUUCUCCAGUGGCGUGGCGUGCUUUGCGAUAUAUCGAUUGUUAUGCCGUUUAAACCUAUGGAAAAGGAUCGAUAAAC